AUCUAGUCUGGCUGAUAGGAAGCCUCUGAGAACUGAAACUCUCCUUUCUUCACCAGUUCCUGGCCCUUUCCUUCCUAAAGGUUUGAGCCCUGUCAUUUCAGCUCUGACACCAAGGCGAGAGACUGGGAGGUCUACAAAUAACGUCUGGGUAGCCGGUGUGAGUACAGAGGGUACUGGGGGGGCUUAGCCCCCAAGGAAGAGGACCAGUCCUCCCCCAGCACCACCAUCAAGACCCCAGGGGCUCCCUCUUCCCUCCACAGACUGUGGACUGACUUAGGGAAUCCCAAACGAUGACAGAAAAGGAGGUGCUGGAGUCCCCUAAGCCCUCCUUGCCAGCAAAGACUCGGCAAAGUAGGCUACAGCGGCUGAAGCAGUUAUUCAGGAAGGAGCCUCCGGGGACAAAGGAGAUGGAGCUUCCCCCAGAGCCCCAGGCCAAUGGGGAGGCAGUGGGAUCUGGGGGUGGGCCCAUCUACUACAUCUAUGAGGAAGAGGAGGAAGAAGAGGAGGAGGAGGAGGAACCACCCCCAGAACCUCCUAAGCUUGUCAAUGACAAGCCUCACAAAUUCAAAGAUCAUUUCUUCAAGAAGCCCAAGUUCUGUGAUGUCUGUGCCCGGAUGAUUGUGCUCAACAACAAAUUUGGGCUCCGCUGUAAGAACUGCAAAACUAACAUCCAUGAACACUGUCAGUCCUAUGUGGAGAUGCAGAGAUGCUUCGGCAAGAUCCCCCCUGGUUUCCAUCGGGCCUAUAGCUCCCCACUCUACAGCAACCAGCAGUACGCUUGUGUCAAAGAUCUCUCUGCUGCCAAUCACAAUGAUCCUGUGUUUGAAACCCUGCGCACUGGGGUGAUCAUGGCAAACAAGGAACGGAAGAAGGGCCAGGCAGAUAAGAAAAAUCCUCUAGCAGCCAUGAUGGAAGAAGAGCCAGAGUCUGCCAGACCAGAGGAAGGCAAACCCCAGGAUGGAAACCCUGAAGGGAAUAAGAAGGCUGAAAAGAAGACACCUGAUGACAAACACAAGCAGCCUGGCUUCCAGCAGUCUCAUUACUUUGUGGCUCUGUAUCGGUUCAAAGCCCUGGAGAAGGACGAUCUGGAUUUCCCGCCUGGAGAGAAGAUCACAGUCAUUGAUGACUCCAAUGAGGAGUGGUGGCGGGGGAAAAUAGGGGAGAAGGUUGGAUUUUUCCCUCCAAACUUCAUCAUUCGGGUCCGGUCUGGAGAGCGUGUGCACCGUGUGACCAGAUCCUUCGUGGGAAACCGCGAAAUAGGGCAGAUCACUCUCAAGAAGGACCAGAUCGUGGUCCAGAAAGGAGAUGAAGCCGGCGGCUACGUCAAGGUCUACACCGGCCGCAAGGUGGGGCUGUUCCCCACCGACUUCCUGGAGGAGAUUUAGGCGUGCAGGCGCCUGCUGACGGGAGAUACCCAUGCCCCAUUCUGGGCAGGCCCAGUGGAGGUUGGGGAGGAAAGGGGCGAAAGCAACUAUGCUGGAUGGGGGAGGGGUGGGAAGGCCCGGCGGAGCAUGGCGGGGCUUCCGGGAAGGGACUGGUUCCCGCCCCCCUCCCCCGGCCUCGGGCCUUGGAUACCUGCUAGGCAGAGCAGCCUCACCUGCAACUCCUCAGGCCCAGCCCGCGGGAGCUGGAAAAAGAACGCGUCCCCACUAGGAGGCGCCCCGGGGGUGUGGGAGGCGAACUGUCGAACGCUGCGAAUGUAUUAAAGUUUUGAAAAAAGUUA